AGCUGCAGCUUGUUGCACGCCGGCCGCAUAUGGAGAGGAAAAGCCUUCAAUCCAGAGAGGGCACCAACCAAAGAGCAAGCAAAAGUGGCUGAUGUUAUGACAGUUUCCCAGAGCAAAAGAAAGAGGGGGGAGAAACCACAACACUGCAACUUGGAUAUCAGUAACCGCUCUCUCUCUUUAACUCUCUCACCCACCAAAUCGACUUUGAACCUGUUUGUUUAAAUGCACGGACUUUACAGCCUGCACACUUACUGUUGAUUCUGUAAGGCGGUGGGAGCGAAGUUUCUCAGUAUAGGCUCGAUGUUCUGGAAAGGCUAGAAACUUUUUGGUAUCCCAAUGGUACCCCGUGCAGCCGAGGUGCUGAUCUUCUUUUAUCCGAAUUUUUCGGACGUGGAUUUGCGACUGUCACGGACGAUGGAGUCGGUUGCUAAACCGCGGAGGUACUGAAGACACCUCUCUCCCCCGGGAGAGUCCUCCCUCCCCCCGGGGCGAUGCGGAUCUCCUUCCUCCUUCUCACCGCCUCUCUGUGUGCCUUGGUCCUCCUCCUCCUCGCACCUGCCUCGGAGGGCUGCGGGCCGGGGAGGGGGUACGGCAAAAGGCGGCUCCCGAAAAAGCUCAUCCCGCUUGCCUACAAGCAGUUCAGCCCAAACGUCGCCGAGAAGACCCUAGGAGCCAGCGGGCGUCCAGAGGGCAAGAUAACACGCAACUCCGAGCGCUUUAAAGAACUGACGCCAAAUUACAAUACAGACAUAAUAUUUAAAGAUGAGGAAGACACGGGCGCCGACAGGCUCAUGACUCAGCGGUGUAAAGACAAGCUAAACUCUCUGGCCAUCUCUGUGAUGAACAUGUGGCCAGGUGUGAAGCUGAGAGUGACAGAGGGCUGGGAUGAGGAUGGUCAUCAUUCAGAAGACUCACUGCAUUAUGAGGGGCGUGCUGUUGACAUCACCACAUCAGACAGGGACAGAAAUAAGUAUGCUAUGUUGGCUCGCUUGGCUGUAGAAGCUGGAUUUGACUGGGUCUAUUAUGAAUCAAAAGCCCAUAUUCACUGUAGCGUCAAGUCAGAACAUUCUGUGGCAGCGAAAACCGGUGGUUGUUUCCCUGGUGAUGCUCAGGUUGUCCUUGAAGGCGGGGCUACUAAACAGAUGCGUGACCUUCUUCCUGGUGAUCGUGUCUUGGCUUCCUCAACAGCAGAUGGCCAUGGUCCUUUUCUCUACAGCCCAGUCUUAUCCUUUCUGGACCGCCAGCCCAAUGCCACAAAGAUCUUUUAUAUUAUUGGGACUGAUGCAGGACUUAAUAUUACUCUCACAGCUGCUCACCUGAUCUUUGUCACAGACUGCACUGUGGGGAUGAAUCAGCCAGAGGAAGAGCCAUUAUUGGGUUCCAUGUGGGAAGGCAGGCCUAGAUGGGGAGUAGGUCAGAGGACAGUUUUUGCCAGCGAGGUCCAGCCAGGACAGUGUGUUUUUACGUCGGUGGGGGAAGUGGGGUCACAGGCAGAACUUUCAGUUGUGACAUUUGUGGACGAGAGAAGGAGCACUGGGUUGUAUGCCCCACUCACCCAGCAUGGGUCUUUAGUGGUAAACGGUGUGCUGGCAUCUUGCUAUGCUGCUGUGGACAGUCACCAUUUGUCCCACUGGGCCCUGGCCCCACUAAGACUAUUCUACAGCCUGAUUGGGCCAUCAGAAGCACAGAAUGAUGGGCUGCACUGGUACCCUUGGCUUCUGCACUGGCUGGGGAAAAUGCUGCUGGAUACUGCACACUUCCACCCCUGGUCUGAUGAACAAUGACAUAGAUAAGAGGCACAGAGACCUGGUGUCUUCUUUCAGUUAACUGCAGUCAGGAGCACCAAAGCGCAAAGCACAACAAUCUUUCUUUUCCGAAGAAAUGAACUGAGGGACCACCAAAGACAAAUGAUUUUAUAGUGUAAAUACAUUUUGUAAUAACUCCACAUGCCUGUAUUUGCUGUACUUAAACAAGUUCUUUUGUUGAUCAUGGAAAAUAGGGAAAAGGAGAAAGAUGACUUUGUUCUAGAAAUAUGGAAAAAUAGUAUUUCCACUUUUUCUAAUUUUAGAAAAUUUAAAAGACUGGAGACACUAGGUAUGACAAAAAAAAAAACAAAAAACAUCUGAAUUCUGGAAUUCAGCAUAAGUACUUUGGAAGAUCUAUUUCAAAUAUUUCACUUGUCCCCAGUUUACUUACUGUAGGAGGACAGGGUCACGUUUUUCUCUUUCUUUUUGUGCCCCACAGAUCAAAAACAGUAUGACUAAAAUAAUAGGCUGAUAAGUGAGACUGUCAGGUUUUAUCAUUCUUUUGUACUGUAUUUGCUGCAAUCUUCCAACAUUUAAGCUUAGUAAUACAGUUUUGUGAAACCUCUUUAGUCUCACGCUUAAGCUGAACUCAUGAAGUAAAUAUCUGAGGAGGAAGAGGAAGGAAAACAUGAGAAAUUAGUGACUGAAUAAGGUGAGAUGUGAAACUUUAUAUGUACAUAGGUAUUUAUACAGUUAAGUCAUAGACUUUACUUAGUUUACUGUUAGACUCAUCACUGCAGUAAAUUCACUGAUUUUUUUUUCUACUCUUCUUUUUAGAGCCUACACUAUAUAUUAGAAAUAAUUUACAAAAAAAUAUUUAACUAGACAGUUUAUUAAGUUCAUUACUUACAUGAUGAAAUUAAAUGUAUUUACAAUGUUGCAAUGUUCUGGUGUUACAUUGUUGCUUGACAUUUGAAAAGGGCUUUGUUGUAAAAACUGAAUGGCAGAAAAAGAAUAUGAGAAUGCAGUAUUUGUGUUGCAAUUUGUACACAUACUGUAUAAUUCUACUUCACAUUUGUAACUUACUGAUUCAGGAUUGAUUAACGGUGCUACAGUGGCCGCCGUGUCUCUGCCAUCCACUUUUACACCUUGAUUGUCUUAAAUGGAUUUAUGUGGUUCAUUUAUACGUCCUCUUGUUGAUUAUCAGGUGUUUUAAUUUAAAACAGUUUUAUUGGUUUUUCAUUGUUUCAGGUUUUCAGUUUUCAGAUCAGUGCACUCAGGCUGUAUUCAACUACUGUAUUAAGUAGCUAGCUAUGCAUCAUAUUAAAAACAAUACUUAUUUUUAUUCUUAAGAGUUUAAUAGGCGUUUAUUUGAUACUUCUCCUUUGCAUGGUCUUUUUUGUCUUCCGCCUUUUAACACUAACAGUAUGGGAAGCAGGUCUAAUGUUUUUGAUAGAUGGAUGAAUGGAAAUUAAUAGAUAUGUAAUAUAUAGUUCAUACUGUCCACAUGCCCCUCCCAGUUGAGUUGCUUUGUGAAGACUCAAACGUUGUCGUUGAUCUAGAAUAUUGAAGGCAUUCUUUUAUAUGACUGCUCAAAGAUUUGUCAGAUAUGUAUAUUAAGCUAUUGU